GUCAAUUCCUAUCCUAUUCUUGCAUUCUUUCACUCACGCACAGAUACAUCAGAAGUGUUGAGCAUAUUAAUAAAGAGAUAAUUGCAUAAUAUUUGUAGUUCUUCAAAUUCUACUACUAGUAGUUUUUGAAGAAGAUGAAGUAGAGGCCUACUUUACUUGUUAUCACCCCUUUAUUUGAAUAAUAAGUAUCAAUCACAUAAUUCUUGUUUGAUUCAUCUUUCGUAAGAACCACCCUCUCAAAAAAAAAAUGGCGGGUGGUCCGAGUGGCGGUAAUAAGGUUGGCUUGGUCGCCGCGGUCUCCUCCGUGGUGGCCUCUAUGAUUGGCGCUGGUAUCUUCGCUCUUCCUACAGGCGUGGCGAAAGCUGGGCUUGUCUCCGGAUUGGGCAUUUCCCUGACUCUGGGUUGGUUUUUGUUCACCAUUCCCGCUUUGAUGUUGAGCAAAUGCUGUGAACUAUGUGAGGAAAUCGACGAGGAGGAACAAGCGCAAAAAGCUUUGACUUGCGAAGGCGGCGACAACAGACGGCGCAGUGUAAGGGAAGUGGCACUGGACGACAUGGAUCCGAAGACUAGGAAGUCUUUGCAACUUCGUGGUGCGCCUGAUGAUGUGGCUCGUGUCUCUGUGGACGGUCACCGUGCGAGCCGGACCGUUGCUGGUGCCCAACCAGCGAUGGACUCUAUCAUGAACGAAGAAAUCAUCGAGCGCCGAUCUGAAGUCAUCAACACGCAAACCGACAAGUUUGGACGAGUAUCUGUCACCAUUGUGGAGGAAGACAAGAAGUAAGCAUUUAUAGUAUUCGGUUGCUUUUAAUACAAGAUAUCUUCACAGAAUAUUGCCUGUACAAGAUAAAUCACACACACACACAGCACUACCAUCAUCUUAGUAGACAUGAUCCAAGCACUUUUUUCUCGACGGGGGGAAUUGAUUCAAAGUCACAAUGUACUUAAUUGUUCUCAUUUUUUUCAUCAUGCUUCUUCCACUACCACACUGACUAACAGGGUCUACCUCAUCGGCGACGUUGCGGAGAAGGCGUUUGGCGCAAGAUGGGCACGUAUGGCGAUUAGCGGUCUCGGCAACUGCUACCUCCUCUUCGCGUGCGCUAUCUUCCUGCUCCUUAUGGGUGAAGCAGUCCAGCUCUUCACAAGAGGUAUAAUUGAGGGAUUGGAAUUGAUUCUUCUUCUUAUGGCUAACUUUUGAGUCUAACUCUAAGGUCUAGGGGUAGAAUAAAAAAUAUUUAAAUGAACAAUAUGUUAUAAUAGGUAAUGUGUGUGGUUGUACUCAAGUCACCCAUCAUCCUCGGAGUCGAGUCAGGUGCCGGGCGGACUCGUUGUGCAGGACUCACACCCUAACGAACCUAAUCUUUUUUCCCAACAUUGCAAUCGUGCUCUACUUGAAUAUCUCUAGAUGAUGAAGAAUCAAUCUUUCGCUCAAUCAAGAAUGAAUGUUCUUACGCUUAAGAAUAAAACAAAUCGCCAGGUCUCCGUUUGCUCCGCAAUGAUGCUACUGUGUACACCGAAGAAGUGCCACCCUCAUGCUGGUUCGAGAGUCUUGUCUUCACCGGUAUCAUGAUGCUUUUGGUGCAGGUACCCGAUGUGAGCAUCAUUGCGCGUGUCUCUCUCAUCGGAACUGCAGCAGCCAUGGCCAUCUGCAUCAUCUUCAUUGUCGCCCCAUCAGUUCUCCACACCACUACCCCCUUCGGUGUGUCAAGACCGGUAUUUUUUUAGGCUAAUGCUCAAUUUUGAUGAGUUUGUUCUUACCAUUAGAUUUAGAUUGAUUGAGGUUGUGUCAUUUACUGAAUUUUUCCGUAAAAAUGAUUAAUGAAGAACUUUUAUUUCUAACUUCAAUCAAAAGCAAGUUCCUAAAGAAUAAGAUGAAGAUAUUUUGAAAUUUGAAUUUCAUCAUUGUAGUUGAGCCACAAACUACGACGACAGGUGUUAGCCAACUUGGGACCAACGCGUUUGGUGACCAGAUUCGGUGAGACAGAAAAAGAAACGAUUCAGAGCCAUAUUCAAGAGAAUACCGGCACCAACAAAGCAUGGACCCAGGCCUCCUUUGCCGAGAUGGAUGAUAUUAUUACAAGAUCUUCGAAUGCACAGGAAUGUUACGGGUUCUCGCAUCAAGUUGACCGAUCUCAGAGCAGAUCUCUGACCUUCUCAAGGGGAAAAGGGUCGUAGAUGUGCGAGCUAGAUCGGUCAACUUGCAAGGACUAAGAAUGGUGGAACAGCAAUGAUUUUUUCCUGUGGGAGAAAGACGAUGUGACACUUCUGCAAGUCGACUCUUUCCCGACAGUUUUUGGCUCAUUUAAGCGCAUGCUCGAGUCCCUCUCAUCCUGCGCUUUCGGUUUCGCUUUCGCACUGUUGGUGCCUUAUGUCAGGGUACUUUUACUCGUUGCAUUUUUUAGUUCUGGUUUUCUGAUCCUUGAGUUAGAAGUAACAGGCCCCUGCAUACAACUUAGUUGAUUUGAAUUAAUUUCUCUUUUGGAGUUAUAUUUGUACCUAGGCUCGUCUCUUCUGGAGGUCAACGUGAUGGACAAGUAGAGCAUAAGAUCACUUACCACUCGGGUUUACAACUUGAAAUAUAUACAUUAAAUCCUUCGCUACUUCUCACUCACAACUCAGGCCGAUCUCGAAAAGCCUUCCCAGAUGGGAAAAGUUAUUUGGAUCGCGACUAUCCUAACCGCUGUGGUCUAUGCCAUCGUGGUUUUUACGGGUCUUCUCGCUGGCGGUCAAAAAUUCCUUCUCCGUAUGUCCAGUAUCCAGGCCAUGCCUACCUACGAAACGAGAGUGGCGGUUGAACAACUGACGGCUACCAACAUCCCACCAAGAACAAUUGAAUUUGAUAAGAUUGCCAAGACCCUAGUAGAACCUGCAAAUGUCGGCGAGGCGCUUCCAGACGCUCAAAAACAAGCAGCAGACGCCAUGCUGAAGACUAUCUGCGAGCACAAAACACAACAGGCAGCGAAAAUUGGGGUAUCAUCAAUACUAAUGGGGCACGGGCACUUUAUCAAUCACAUUGACAUUUUAUUUUUGUUUCGAUGUUUUCUGUUUCAUCUCUCUCAAGUACUUCGACUUGUAUAAAUCUCGAGUAAUUUAUUUCAAGAUGAAACAUCUAAUAUUUUAGUUCGCGAAUGUGAAUGAAUUUACUACACAUGAUACUACCUGCUUUACAUAAUUUUGAAUCGCAGGAAGUAGAAUCACCGAACUAAAAACUACGUAGGAAGAGCUGUUGCAGUGCCGAUACCACACGUUGAAGGACGCAGUGAGUGGUGACUCGAGAACCUACAUUUUCUACCUCUACAAGAAUCUGGACUUCUUCUUCGGCAGGAACGCCCAAAACAAGGGUAAAGCGUCGAUUAUGGUCUUUGUGAUGGUGAUCUUCCUAGCUCUGAAGUUGCUCAUUUCGUACCCGCUCACCGUCUGGCCAAGUAUCCAGGACUUCGAGGGCUGCAUCGUCAACAUGAACUGCGCCAGGCGGUGUCGUAAACGCGUCGAUGGCGGUAACAGUGCAGAAGCUGGUAAUUUAGAAGACAGAAAAGCAGAGGAGAAAGAGCCGCUUUUGGUCGAAGGUAGACCACUAGACAACGAUGACGAAGAGGAACAGUUUCCAGAAAUGAAGGACGAUCAAGAUGAAAACCAGAUCAGUAAAACUGCAUCUUCCGACAGUAGCAACAACAAGUCUGGUGCCACUUACAAGUUGACUUUCUGGGCCAGUGCCGUAGCGCGUAUCUUCGUCGUGGCUUUCACCUUCGGUCUCGCGGCUAUUUUCAAGUGCUCUCCGAAGCGUCUCGAUGCCUUCUUGGGCCUAGCAGCGAGUGUUCCUGGUAUGCUCUCGAUGGUUAUUUUCCCUUUGAUUGCCGUCCAGCUUUUGCAAGGCCAACUCCGAAAACUACGUGGCAUCCGAUCACGCACUUGUGGUGAGUCGCUGGAAUUCGUUUUCCACAUUUUUUUGAUGAUCAUGGGUUCAGCAGUGAUGAUCUACACUAUCAUCAAGCUACCGGCAGAUCUCAAAGAGGCAUUCGCUUAA